AUGGAACGAGUCUGCGCCUCAAAAGCAAUGAUGGUAGUCUUCGGUGGCCUCGCCAUCGGCUCGGACGGAUUCAAUGCCUCGAUCAUCGGAAACAUUGAAUUGUUGAUGGGGGUUAUUUAUCCGAAGUCGCUGACCACUGCUGUAGCCACUCGGCUAUCUAAUGCAUUCAUGGUCGGUAUGAUCAUCGGCAUGCUGUCCUUUGGUUACAUCUCCGACAAACUGGGCCGCAAGACUGGCACUGUUCUGACAACCACGAUUUUGGUUCUUGGAAUUUCACUGAGCGCCGGUGCCAACGGUUUGACUGAAGACGGCAUGUUUUGGAUGCUAAUUAUCGCUCAGGGUAUCGCAGGUGCUGGGGCGGGUGGAGAAUACCUUGUUGCAGGAGCAGGUGCUGCUGAAGCCACAGAUGAGGUACUGGAAAUUCGCAAACGAAGAGGCUUCAUUUUUGCCAUGAUUGGUGACCUGUCCGCCUCUCUCGGAUUUGCUUUUGGCUCCCUGGUGCCACUCACUUUGCUUUUGUGUUUCCAUCAACGAGUGCAACAUUACGAAGCCGUGUGGUGGGCCUCUCUAGCUAUCGGGGCUAUUGCUUCUCUUUCAAUCUGCUGGUUUCGCUAUCGUAUGGUUGUCAGCUCUGCGUAUCAGAAGAGCUCUAUGAAGAAGCAGAGAAUUCCCUACUACUUAGUGAUCAAAAAGUAUUGGCGACCUUUGCUCGGCGUUUGCGGUUCGUGGUUCAUAUCUCUGUGGGUAACUGCAGCCAUUGCACCAGUUACAACUACAUCUCUUACCCUUUCGGCUAUUUUCAUCCACUACCGUCGGUCGGGUCAAUCCAUCCUCUUCAUCGUGUUCUAUGGCAUCUUUCUCACACUCGGAGAAGUUGGCCCAGGCUCCACAAUUGUUCUUACUGCUAGUGAAAGCUUUCCCACCGCCAUUCGUGGUCAUGCAGUCGGAUUAGCAGCUGCUUGGAGUAAGGCUGGAGCAGCGAUUGGCACUCAAGUUUUCAAGCCCAUUAUGGCCAGUUGGGGCUAUGAUGAGCUUUGGCGAUAG